ACAAACACUAAAACGCACACGCGACAAACAAAAUACAAAGCAUAAUAAGCAAACAGUUUGUGAGAGCGACAGGAAGAGAGAGAGAGAGAGAGCGCACAGGCAGAAGCUUUAAUUUACUGUUGUUGUUGUUGUUGCCAUGGCCAGUGGAGCAAAUGCAGCGAACAUACACAACAGCAGCAUCGCCACAACAGCAACAACAACAGCGCUGCCAUCGCUAUUUGCCGGCAGCAACAAUAACAAUAAUAACAUCAACAACAUUAACAACAACAACAUUAUCAUAACGACGUCAAACGUUGCCGCCAAAGAUAUGGACGGACUGAUUGCCAUUAAUGAUAGCGCAUUAUCGCAACAAAUCGAAUUUAUACUACAAGAUGCUCCCAUGGAGCAGGAUGAUGAGCAGCAAUUGCAGCAGCUCAGCAUGGCAGCAGCAGCGGCAGCAGCGACGGCAGCGGCAACAAAGCAGCAGCAGCAGCAGCAACACGACAACCACCCACCGACAACAAUAACAAACGCAGCAACAACAAAUAACAGCGCUUCCGCCUACAUUAAUCACAACAAUAACAUUGAUGACCAACAACAACUAUUGCAACAACAAUUGCAUGCACAGCAGCAGCAGCAAGAGCAACAACAGCAACAUCAUAUGCUCAAUGGUAGUCGCAUUAUCAUACAAUCAACAUGCAGCGGCCUUAAUGCCGUUAUAAAAGAGGAACAAGAGGAGCAAUUAGAGCAACAUGAACAGCAGCAGCAACAACAGCAACAACAGCAACAGCAAGAAGAAGAAGAUCCUGAAUUGAACGAUGAGAACUUGCAGGACAUUGCGGAAGAGGCGCAGGCAGCCGAAGCUGAUGAAGAGCCCGAAACAAUGGCAACACAACAGCAACUGUUGCAAACGCAAGUGAAACUAGAGCUGGAAGAUGAAGAGGAUGAAGAUGUGCGUAUGCAACAGCAGCAACAACAGCAGCAGCAGCAACUAGAGACACUGCAACAGCAGCUGGAGUAUUCAACAGCAGCCACACAGCAGCUUGUGCUGCCGGCGGGCAGCUUGGUGAACAGCAGCUUGGGCGUACCUGUGCCAGAGGAAGCGCUCGCGCAGCUAGAGCGACGUCCGGUGUACAUAAGCAAUGCCACCAUGGGCACGCUGAGCGGCACUACGGCGUAUGUGCGCAUGCCAACGACAGCUGUGCUGAAUCGCAGUCCCAUGACAGUGCUGAAUGUGGUGCAGCAGCCGGGCGGGCAAGCAACAGCGCAGCUUAUACUGCAACAGGAUGCAACAGCGGCAACAGAUGCGACAACAGACGGCGCAGCAACAACAGCGCUAAGCGAAGAGCAGCUACAGCAGCAGCAGCAAAUGAUAGCAAUGGCGCUGGCACAGCAGCAACAGCAAUUAGAUCAUCAGCAGCAGCAACAACUGCAGCAACAAGCACAAGAACAGCAGCAACAACAGCAGCAGCAGCAAGAGCAGCUGCAACUAGCCGACAUUAAACCCGAGCCUGAUCUCGAACUCGAGCCCGAUGAGCCUGUCAGCAGCAGCGGCGACAACAACACCAUCUAUCAAUGCCAUGAAUGUGUUGAAAAAUUCGAUUCCAAGGAACUCUUUGAUAUACAUCGCAGCGGUCACACCAACAACAUGAAGUGCGCCAUUUGCAACAUGGUCUUGAAAUCAUUGAAAAACUAUGAAAAACAUUGUCUACGCUGCAAGCCCUACGAGUGUCAAAUCUGUGGCCGCGUCGUGCGCUUUCGUCCCAAUUUUAUUAAACAUAUGCGUGUGCAUACGGGACAGCAGUCGGAGCGGCAUAAAUACAAAUGCGAAGUAUGCCACAAAGAGUUCAUGAGCUUCGAGUACUUCAAGGUGCACAAGAAAAUCCACAAUGAGAAUGUGAAUCUAACAUGCGAGAUUUGUGGCAAAGUAUUCAGCGCAUUGGCAUCGCUGCGUGGACACUCCAAGCUGCAUUCGGGCGUCAAGUUGCACAAAUGCGAUGUUUGCGGCAAAGGCUUUGGUCAGCGCUACAAUCUGAAAAUUCACGCACGCACGCAUACGGGCGAUUUUCCAUUUGAAUGCAAAGUGUGCAACAAAAAGUUGCAUACGCAAUCCUCAUUGCAAACGCAUAUGCAGGUGCAUUUGCGUGAUCAGGCCAAGAAUACGACAACAGCUGCGCCAGCUGCUCAAGCUGCUGCUGCUGCUGCUGCUUCUACAGUUGCCGUUGCCGUUGUUGACAGCAGCAUAGUCAAUGCUGUGAUUAAGCUUGAACCGGAUUUAGAAGAAUUAGCGGAUAGCAGUCAGCAGCAGCAGGAAAUGGAAAUGGAAAUGGAUGAGCCAACGGGCUUAAGCGAUGAUGAGCACACGCAGCAGCAGCAGCAGGAACAGCAGCAGAGCAAUCAACGUGUGGCACAUGCGGAGGACUCUUCCAAUGAAGCUUCGAAUAGCUCGUUACAGCAACCGAUUUCUUCCUCAGCCAGCGCUUCGCAUACGCAACAGCAGCAGCAACAGCAAUAUUUAGUCUCCACGCCCACACACUCUAUUGUUAUUAAGAACUAUGUGGCACAGCAGCAGCAGCAACAAUUGACGGAACCAUCGGCACACAAUGGCGUGCUGCAUACGCAGGUCAUACAGAGCGGUGCGGGCACCAGCAACGGCCAUCAUCACAUCGUCAGCAGCAGCAGCAGCAGCAGCAACAACAACAACAGCAGCAGCACAAACAAUAACAACAAUAGCAGCAAUAGCAAUCAUACAAGCAGCAGCAGCAGCAGCGCUGCCUCAACGACGAUGCCUGCCAAUAAUUUAGCACAGCAAUUGCUACGCAAGACGCCCAUCAUCCAUUCGACCGGCACGCUUAGCUCCACAUUGGCCAGCGUGGUGCAUCAAACGGGUGUUGGCUCGCCAGCGCUGUCGCCAUCACAUUCAUCCACAUCGUGUUCCUCCACCGUGCUGGUGUCCAAGGCGACAGGCGUGCCACUCUCAAUCGCCUCCUCGGCGGCAUUGGGUGGCUCCAGCAUAAUACGCAGCACGCGCAAUCAUCAGCAACAACAACAGCAGCAGCAGCAACAACAGCAGCAACAACAACAGCAGCAGCAGCAGCAACCACAUCGCACUAACCACCGAAACCACCACCGACGUCGUCAUUUUGCCGACGCAGAUGAUGAAGAUGAUGAUGAUGAGCAGGAAGACAAUCAGCUGCUUGUGCCCACCACAAAUGGACAUCAUCACCAUCAUCAUCAUCAGCAGCAACAUCAACAACAUCAUUUUGAUGAUGAUGAUGACGAUGAGAAAUCAUCACCGUCCUUGGCCACAGCGGCCAUUAUCAAAGUCGAACCGAAUCUCUAUUCAUCUGGCUCCGGUGAUAACUCCAACGAUAUGUUUAUUAAAGAAGAGGUCAUGUUUGAAGAUUCCGCCGCACCAAAUUCACCACAAUCACCGCCCAGUUCGAAAUUUCGCAUGUCGAAUUUCGAUGGUGAUUUGGUUGAUCAUCAUGUGGAUUUGAAUCAUUCGCUGCCGCCGUAUGGCAAUCUGUUCGAACCGCACUCCAUACCCGACAGCAUACCCGUGCAGCUCUAUCCCGACGACGAUGAUGAUUUCCGUUUGGAUCACAGCUCGUUGGGUGGACUACACAAUACCUCAUCCUCCACCACCGAUGGCGAUUUCAUAAAGAAGGAAUGGGUCUAUGGCAGCGGCACCAGCAGCUAUGCCAUGAAUGGAAAAUUUGAUGAUGAUAGCGAUGCGCUAUGUGAUGCCGCCAAUUUCAUAUACAAUUGAGACGGAAACGCAAUUCGAAUGCGAAUUCGAAUUCGAAUUCAAAUUCGUAUGCUAUAAACGCACAAACAAACACAAACACACACACACACAUAGAAACAAACGAUUGUUGGGUGUGCUUGCAUAUAUGUAUAUGUAGUAAACAUAAUUUAAACCUUAUAUACAGAUAUAUAUAUCUAUAUGUAUAUAUAUUUGUAUAUUUAAUUAUAUACAUGCUUGCAGGACUUUGUUUGUUGUCUCUAUUCUCUGCUGUCGUCAAAUACAAAGUCUUCAGGCAUUUAUAUACAGUAUAGUAUAUAUUGCUAUCUCUGUCGCGCUCGUGAUCUUAACGUGAUCUUAAACUAAAUCAAUGUGUAAAACGUAUUUGUAAUUGUAUUUUGUAGUUGUUUCUAUAUAAAACAAAAAAAAACUAAACAAAAGUAAAAAACAAACAAAAAAAAAAUAAAAGAAAACAAGGCGUUGCCACUUUGAUACUGCAACUGUCUCGCUCACUCUUUGAACACACACACACCCACACACACACACUCUCAUGCAACUCUAACUGUACUCUAUAUCUGUCGCAUUAUAUUUGUGUGUAUAAGAAAACAAAAAAAACGUAUAAAAUAAUGUACAAUUUGCUUUUUAUAUAAAAUUGAAAUUUCUAUAUAAAUUGUAUACACGAUUUCUUAUGCUGUAUGUAUUGCUAUCUCGCUUGCUCUUACUAGUUUGCAUGCAGCUUCAACAAAAAAAUCAAAAUACUUGUGUUUCGUCUAUUUUCUUUCACUUUUAUUUU